AUGUCUUCCCCCCAAGUUGUUAAUAAUGACAGACACAAUCCCGAAAUCAUAUAUUAUCUGUUAGAGUGCCAAUCCAUAUCCCGUCUCGAAUACUCUUACAAUGCUCUUGAUCACUUGCUCAGCCGCGAAGUGCCUCCCAAUCAGCAAAUGCUUCACCGUGCACCAUCGAAACCAUAUCGCACGUUGAGGAGGAUGCGCGGCCGCCUCUUCAAACAAACGGAAGAAUCCGUCGUUGUUCAGCCCAACGAGACCAAGCCUAGCCCUCCACUCGUUGACGGCGACGACGACGACGGUUCGGCGAGCGAGGAGUCCACUGCCGACGCGGCCUCCAGCUACAUCGAUCUGGAGCGGCGCCUCCGCUCCAGAAGCUCCCUGGAUCUGACGGCCGACACAGACGCCAUCCUGGAGAGGGACUACUUUCACAAUGUUCGCCCCAUCUACGACGCCAGCGAGAUUGUCCGGCGCAUGACCACGCGGGACGGCGGAGAGCAGUACUUUAGUCCGCGGUUUGACCCGUACCGGGAGAACUGGCGACGGCUAGGCGCCGAGGGCACCAUGGCGGGCCCGUUUCAAGUUCGCUGCCCGGGCCCGGUCGUGCCCGGCCCGCAGGGACCGGCGAGCGUCAGUAUCGCCCACGUGUACCUGGAGGGCUGGUCGGGGACGCCCUCGGAAGACGAGCGCAAAUCGUCCGAGUGGGAGCGCGCGAUAGCCCUCGCCGCGGGCCGCCAUCUGCAAGCCUCACUGCACCCCAAAGACGGGGAGCCCGCCCCGGACCUGCACCAGAUGCUGACGGUGCUGGGCUUCCCCAGCACCGCGACGUUUGACCUCUUCAUCCGCCGGCCGGCCAUCAAGGCGGCCUUUAGCGAGCUGUGGCACGCGUGCCUGCGGCACCUGCCCGACGGUGACGGCGGCGUGCUCCCGGCGACCCGGUGCGGGCGGCGGCCCGUCGCCCUGCGCGUCCUGUACUCGCGUAGCUAUGGCGGCCGCUGCGAGUACAACGCCCUGCUCCCGGACAAGGCCGGCUGGGGCUUGGCCUGCCACCUCGCGCGCUUCUGCCUCGCCGUGGAAAAGGUCUGCGACGCGAGCAUGCUGCCCCCGAUGCGCGGACAGAUCCCGCUGCUGCCGGGCAAGGUGUCGAGCGCGGUGGUGGCGUGGGGUGGGAUCGAGCUGGCGAGGACGCUGAGGUGUUUUCAGACGGGAUUUCCAGGCAGGGCGCCCUUGAUCGCUGAUACUCCGUCUGUGUGA